AAUUAUUGAACUACUCGGUUUCAUAUUUCAAAUUGUAAAGUUAUGCAGUCUGACAAAUGAUGUCUUUAAAAUUUUGACGCGCACCUGCAUCUCCUGAGAGUGGCCACGUUGUUAAGAUCAGUCAACUCAUCUGUAAUUACAAUUCAAGUCAGCGUAAUUACGAUUUAACUAGAAAAGUGAAGGCGGUUUUGAAGCGAUGUCCGGUAUUCGUGAAAAUCCUGACAGAGAGGAUAGAGAUGAAGGUUCUGAUGAAAAUGACUCUGACUAUCCUCAUUCAUGGCUUGGUCACAAAAACCUACUUCAACUCUUAGACCCUAGUUUCUGUGGAAAUUAUAAAGCUUUCCUGAAAGAGUGGAAGAAGGAACGUCCUAUUAUCAUAUCACACAUCACAAAGAAGCUGGAUAUGACAUUGUGGAAUCCUACAUUUUUUUCCCAAGGAUAUGGGGAAUGUAAAGUAAACAUUGUGGAUGUAUUGAAUGACGAAGUAAUACCAGGCCAAAAAAUGAGAAAUUUUUGGGCUGGAUUUGAAGACUUGGGAAGUCGCCCAAAAGAUACAAGAGGUCGUCCUAUGCUUCUUAAGUUGAAAGAAUGGCCUAAACGCACAACGUUUGAAUCAGUUUUACCAGCACAAAUGGGUGAUCUUCUAAGAGCCCUUCCCUUGUCUUCAUAUACACAUCCAAAUGGCUUAUUCAAUUUUGCAAAUUUCUUGCCAACGGGAAUAUUAACUGAUGAAUUGUGCACAGAAUUACAUUGUGCUUACGGAACACCUAAGUAUCCAUGGGUGGGUACAAAUAAGCUGAAUAUGGAUAAAUUUGAUUCAUUAAAUAUUCUGGUCUAUGUUGGAAAAAUCACAAAUGAAGAUAAUGUUGAAGAUGGGAAAAAAGUUUUCCAGGCUGUGAAAGAUGCAGGUUGUGACCAAACAACUAUUGAACGGAUCAAAAAGAAUGGAGACAUACCUGGUGCAAUAUGGCAUGUGUACGAUAGAAAAGAUUCCAAGAAGAUUAAUGAUUUGCUAAAAACAGUUAAUUUUUCAAGAGGUAUUCUUUCACAACCAAACCAAAAUUUAAUUAAUGGUCAAAACUGGUAUUUGGAUGGAAUCCUUAGAGGGCGUCUCCACCGAGAGUACGGAAUUGAAGGGCAUGCAAUCCUACAUUGUCUUGGAGAUGCUGUAAUAAUUCCUGCUGGUGCACCUCAUCAGAUUCGAUAUUUAAAAAGUUGCAUCAUGGUGAAGCAUGCAUUUGUAUCUCUGCAGAACAUGAAGAAGCUAUGAAGUAACAAGCUCCAUUCUGUGUUUUGAGCUCAUUUUUUAAAAGAAUUUCCUACAAGUUCAAACUAGUUAUGAGAGACAUUGAUGUGA